AUGGGUUUGUGGACAUUACUUGAGGGGUUCAUGCUUCUUGCAAAUGCACUAGCGAUACUAAAUGAGGACCGAUUUCUGGCACCUAGAGGAUGGGGCUUAUCUGAUUUUUCAAGUGGCAGGACAAAAUCUUUCAAAGACCAGCUCAUAGGUCUUAUUUACGCAACUCAGUACCUAAGAGUUCCUCUCAUACUUCUCAACUCCAUCUGCAUCAUUUUGAAAUUUGUUUCUGGGUAA